AUGAACUUCGCGUCGUGUCCAAGUGACGAUUCCAUUGGGCCAAGUGUCCAAGGCUGUCGCAAUGACUUCGACUUUACUCUCAAGUUCGAGAGGAUUUUCCUGACAAUACUGCCGUCUACCUUGUUUGUCGUUCUUUCAAUUCCAAGAAUCAUAGUCCUAGUCUGUAGACCAAAGGUCGUGGGCGGUGUCAACUUCCAAUGCAUCAAGCUUGCUGCAAUUGCCAUUUACGCAGUCUUACAACUGGUCAAUCUCAUUCUCAACGUUGCUUCCCAGGCAACGGAGCUAUCAAUCGUUUCGUCUAUCGUUAGCUUUAUUGCAGCGCUAUGCAUGCUAGGAUUGAGCUUCUUUGAGCAUACUCGCUCACCGAGACCUUCCGUCCUGCUCAAUACAUUCUUGAUCUCAACUAUCCUCUUAGAUGCUGCCCAAGUCCGAACACUGUGGCUAUCCGCAGGCACCAAUCUCGAGAUCACUAUCGCACGAACAUUUACCGCCGCUGCCGUCUGGAAGAUCGUCUUAAUCUUGUCGGAAUCGUGGGAAAAGCUGCCAUGGCUCCGCUGGGACCGCAAAGAUCACAGUCCAGAGGAGACGAGCGGCUUAUUCGGACUUGCGACCUUCUCAUGGCUGAAUUCGCUGUUCGUAUCCGGUUACAAAAAAGUCUUGGCUGUGCCGGAUCUCUUCCCUCUCGACAAGAGUCUGUCAGUGGAGACUCUGCAGAAGGCCACUCGCCGACUGGAGCCAGAGCGUUUUCGAAAGAAAAGCCACGACCUUGCCCGGGCACUUGGAGGCACCCUGAUCGUCCCGUUCUUGAUGCCAGUUGCUCCUAGGAUCGCUCUCCUUGGGCUUGCGUUCUGUCAGCCGUUUCUCUUGGAGGCUCUCCUGCACAAUCUCGAGGAACAGGAGACCAGCCAAGUUGCCAACAGAGGUUACGGAUUGAUAGGCGCCGCAUUCAUCGUCUACACGGGCAUUCCAAUCGCCAAUGCCUUGUACUGGUAUUUCCAGGAACGGCUCUUGUGUAUGAUACGCGCCUAUUUAGCUGCGGCGGUCUACCGGAAGACAAUUCAGGCCAAGGUUUCAACACCAGAUAACUCGGCUGCCUUGACAUUGAUGAGCGCGGACAUUGAGCGAGUCCGCAUGGGCCUGAUGGAAUUCCACGAGUUUUGGGCCAAUCCAAUACAAGCCGGUCUGGCCUGUUGGCUGCUCCAAAAGAAACUCGGGGCCUCAUUCGCCGUACCUAUUGUUAUCAUUUCCUUAUGCGUUGCCAGCUCCACCGUCCUGAUGCGAUAUAUCGGGCCCCGGCAACUGGCGUGGAUGCAGAAGAUCCAAGUGCGCAUCGGUCAUACGGCGAACGUUAUCGGUAACAUGAAAAACCUAAAGAUAUCAGGAUUGGAAGCCCCGGUCGAGGACACCAUAAACUCGCUGAGGCUGGAGGAGUUGAAGGUGGGAGGCAGAUUCCGAUGGUUCCUCGUCGCCUCAGUGGGCAUUGGAUUCACACCUGUUCUGUUGGCUCCCGUUAUCACUUUGGCCGUUACCGCUCGAGAUCUGGACGUCACGACAAUCUUCACCUCCAUAUCGUAUCUGCUCCUGCUGUCAGAGCCGCUGUCGACGCUCUUCCAGCUGGUUCCCCAGUUAAUCGCCGCUUUUACAUGCCUGCAGAGAGUGCAGUCUUUUCUGCAGCAAGAAUCGAGGCAUGACUUUCGAGAUUACGACGUGUUCAUCGAUCCCAAAGGGUUGAAUUCGGCAAGAAGAACGUCGCCAGUUGCCAAGAUAAUCAACGGAAGCUUUGGCUGGACCGAGGAGACGCUUGUGCUGAAAAAUAUCAACGUCGUGAUUCCUCCCGGCCUCACCAUGGUAAUCGGCCCAGUUGCUUCCGGAAAAUCCACGUUCUGCAAGGCACUACUCGGCGAAACCCCCAUUGCAGAAGGCCAAACUGUUUUGAACAUCAACUGCCGCGCUGUUGGGUACUGCGAACAAGCUCCGUUCCUCUGGAACGCGUCUAUAAGGGACAACAUUGUUGGCUAUUCCACUGUCGUGGACGAGUCGAGAUACGCAGCUGUCGUCGAGGCUACCAUGCUUGCCCAAGACCUUCGCCUUCUCCCCCGCGGCGACCAAACAGAGGUCGGUAGCGAUGGUAUCAGUCUGAGUGGAGGUCAGAAACAGAGGGUCUCUAUUGCGAGAGCUCUUUACGGUCAAUACGACCUCCUUGUCUUCGAUGAUGUCCUAAGCGCCCUCGACGCUGAUACACAGCAGCACGUCUUUCAACGUGUGUUCGGUCCCGACGGAAUGCUCAAAAAGAGAAGUGCGAACGCUGUUUUCUGCACUAAUUUCACUCAGCAUUUCCGGUCAGCCGAUUAUGUUAUCGCGCUGGCGGCUGACGGUACUCUCGCGAGAAACGGCAGCUUUGAUCGUGUUGUUGCCAGCGGGCAAGAAACCAUCCAAAGCUUAGCAGAAGUAGGACCAUCUGGUGCGGAUGACAGCUCGGAUCCCGGCAAACAAACUGCACCGGCAUCAACUCCAGAAACGGAUAGUCCAACGCUUCACAGCAAUCAUACAGCACCUGAGAAUCGUCAGGAGACCAAAGAUGCCGCCCGAAUCAUGGGCGAUGCUGCGGUGUUUGGGUUCUACUGCCGAAACAUCGGGACAUGGUGGAUGCUCACUUUUGCUGGUUUCGGUAUCCUUUUCGGCUUCUUGUACAACUCCCCUACCAUUUGGCUCAAAUACUGGGGCGAAGACGUGUCCUCCACGAGCCCGGUGCAUUCGACAUCGUUCUACGUCGGCCUGUACGCCCUAUUUCAGUGCUUGGGACUGGGCUCCCUGAUCGCGGAGGCGAUUCUUGGGUUUAUCGUCAUAAUCAGGGUUUCCGGAGCGAACUUGCACAAAGAAGCCCUCCGAGCCGUCUUCGCGGCGCCCCUGCGCUAUUUCACGACGACGGAUACGGGGGAGGUGACGAAUUUGUUCUCGCAAGACAUGACCCUCGUCGAUGGAGAGCUUCCACAGGCCCUCACCAACACGUCACUCCAAGUGUGGGUGGGGCUGGGAGCAGCUGCUGUGAUUGCAACUUCAUCCCCCUUCGUGAUGAUCUCGUACCCCUUCAUCAUGGCCAUCGUGUAUGGUAUCCAGAGGUUCUACCUGCGCACUUCUCGUCAGCUGCGACUAUUGGACUUGGAAGCAAAGGCUCCUCUUUACACCAACUUCAUAGACACGAUUCGAGGUGUGGUCACCUUCCGCGCAUUUGGGUGGACGGAUGAAGCCAUGCGUCUAAACAGCUCGCUGGUGAACGAUUCCCAGAGGCCCGAAUACCUCUUGAGUAUGGUACAGCGCUGGUUGUCAUUUGUGCUGGGCAUUGUUGUCGCCAUGAUAGCUGUGCUCGUGGUGACCCUUUCGACGCAAUUGCGCUCCAAUGCAGGCUUUGCCGGCGCGGGUAUGGUUUCCAUCAUGUCCUUUGGGAGGACGCUGGCGAACCUGGUUGAAAAGUAUACGUUGUUGGAGACCUCCAUCGGCGCCGUGGCGAGGCUCAAAUCGUUUUCCGAAAACACCCCGCGUGAGGCAUUGGCGGGCGAAGACGUUGUCCCGCCGGCUUCAUGGCCGGAAAAAGCCUUGGUCGAAAUCAAGGCAGUAUCGGCGUCGUACACGUAUCGUCAGGACUUGACGCCGGACGAGAUUGUGCAAACCGCAGCUUCGAACAACAGUCAUCUUGCUCUUCAGAACAUCACGCUUACGAUUGAGCCUGGCCAAAAAGUCGCACUUUGCGGACGUACUGGCAGCGGUAAAUCAUCCCUCGUCCUACUUCUCCUGCGACUCCUGGAUCCUCUACCGUCCUGUUCCGGUCACAUUAACAUCGACGGGGUGUCUCUUCACACCGUUGACCGUGUCACUUUGCGCCAACGCGUGAUUGCGAUACCCCAAGAUCCCGUAUUCUUCCCUGAUGGCAUGUCUUUCAGAGUGAAUCUUGACCCAUUCACGCUUGCUACCGAUGCAGAGUGCCAAGCGGUGCUGGAAACCGUGCGGCUUUGGGAACUGGUCCGCGACCAAGGCGGGCUCGGGGCCUCGAUGAACGCUGAUACUCUCAGUCAGGGCCAGAAACAACUGUACAGCCUGGCGAGAGCGGUCUUGCGUAAGCGUGUGCGCAUGCGUGAAUUCUCGGCGAGUGCUGGGGAUCUGUAUGUGGCUUCGGCCAGGCCCCUGAAUGGUAAGGACGACAUAGAGCUGCAGUCAACGCCCAGCACUGGUCAAGGAAACCACUGUGGCGGUUUUCUCAUACUGGACGAGUUCAGUAGCAGUGUCGAUGCCGAGACGGAGCAGAAGAUGCAGCAGAUCAUAUGGAACGAGUUCAAGGGUUAUACGAUCUUGAUGAUAAGCCAUCGACUCGACAUGGUGAUGAAAUUCGACAGAGUGGUGAUCCUCGACUCUGGAAAGGUGGUGGAGCAAGGCGUUCCGCAAGAGCUGGUUGAAAAGGACGGCAGCUGGUUCAAACGUCUAUGGACAAUGGGCGGAGAGAACCGAAUCAUAGAUGUGUUGGGCAUCGACUGA